CGAACAGGGGAGGCCAGGCUCCAAUCGAUAGCGCCCCCCAGCCUGGAGCUCUGUUUAAACCCCGCCAUCAACCCAAACUACCCAGUCGUGAGGUCGGAAGCCCGGGUAGCAUCUAUUACGGUUUUUCAACUUCUCACUAUCUGUUUCCGGUCUCUUCGUUCGGUUUCAGAUUCUCCCCAACUUUCUCCCGGCUUCAAAUACCACGAAGACGCCGUUGACAAACGAGAAAAUGGAUCCGAACGAGCAGCCGCCCCCGGCGGCGACGCCUGAUGCGCCAGACCAAGAGACGAUGCAGCAGAUCCGUCGACGGAGACUGGCGAAACUUGGAGGUCCCUCGGGCCCAAGCACGCCUGUUGCAGGGUCACCGAGCACUGAGACGCCGCCCGCCCCCGGACAAAGUUCCUCGGGGUCUACGAACGACAAGGCAACACCAAAAGAGGCCGAGAAGCCCAUGCCGGUGAACACUCAACCCAAAUCUAACAUUUCGUCUACCCCGGCAGCCGCAACUCCCCAGAGCGCCAGCAGUCCUAGCAGUAGCAGACCAGGUAGUACCAACAAUCAAGGCUCCCGAGCUAAGAGACAAGCAUCGGAUGUUGACGGGCCUUCAGCGAGCGCGCCGCCCAAGAAGCAGACGACCCCGGCCGCACAGGAAACGAUUGAGGACUAUGCCGACCGCAUCCUCUCGACGAUAUUCCGCGUCACCGUCGAUCCGAUCCGUACGACAAGCGCAAACGGCCAGAAGCUAACCUUCUUGCCGAACCUGAGCGCGGACCUCGCGGAUGAAGGCGCGCCGCUCAAACUGUCUGUUGAAAGGCUCGAGGAGGCGAUAAUGGAGGCCGCCACGGCCAUCCCACACGACAGACCGCUGUUCGACUACCUUCUGCCGUGCUGGAAGCGGGUGGUGAAGACGAUAAAGGUGCUCCGGAAUCCGACGCCGGAGAAAGAGGCGCUGCUCAAGGAGGCCAGGCGAUUAUGCUUCAGCAACUGCAUUUUCGCCUUGACUGUGCCGGAGCUGUUUAGCCGAGAGCCAAACCCGCUACACGACACUCUAGUGCCGUAUCUACUGCGCGAGGUAGAGACCGAAAACGGGUUGUGUAUGGACUUCUUUGGAGAGGCCAUGGCUCGUCUGGAAGAGGAUGAGACCAUCGCCGGGCUGUUCACCAAGGCCAUGGCGGAUAUCAGCAACAAAUUGGCGACAAUGAACAUGAAUGAUGACUACAAGCCAUGCGUCAACGCACUCUUGACCUACUCACGGUUUCCACCCCUCCUAAAUGCCCUGGCACAACACCCGUGCUUCCAGAUGGCGCUGUCAGCCCCUGGCAUCGAGAAAAAUACGAUCCUUGGACCGUUCUUUAGGAUAUCGCCGCUCCAACCAGAGGUGACGACAGUCUAUUUCGCAGGGCCGAGGACGAUGGAUAAGGGGCGCAUUCAGGCGUCACAGAGCGCCCUACAGAUGACGCUUGGGGCGCACCAGACGGAUCUGAGGACAAUUGUUAACGCCUUCAUCCGCGCGAGCCCCCAGGCUAGAAAUAAGAUACUGGACUGGUUUGCCUACGUCAUGAACGCCAACCACAAGAGACGCGCUAUGCAAGUCGACCCUAGGGAGGUUUCGUCUGAUGGCUUCAUGAUCAACAUUACUGUCAUCCUUGACACCCUGUGUGAGCCCUUCAUGGACAGCAACUUUUCCAAAGUGGAACGGAUCGACGUUGAUUACUUCAGGAGGAACCCGAGGGUCGACAUCAAGGACGAGACGAAGUUGAACGCGGACCAAGCGCAGUCCGAUGCGUUCUACGAAAACAAGCUGGAGGGGGAGUCGAAUUUUAUCACAGAGAUUUUCUUCUUGACUCUAGCGGCACAUCACUACGGCAGCGAGGCGGCAAAUUCGAAGAUGAAGAACCUUGAUCGGGAUAUCAAGCACUACGAGAAGAACAUUGCUAUGAUGGAGGCGGAGCGGCACAAACUCAUACAUCGGCCGGAGCAGCUUCGAGUACUGGAUGAGGCUGUCAAGCGCCACACAACGGUCCUCGAGCGCUCCAUGGCGCUGAAGUUCUCGAUCGAGGGCAUUUUAUUGGAACAUAAGAUGCAAAGUCGGUCGCUGCAGUUCAUGCGGUACGUCACCGUAUGGCUGCUGAGGGUCGCCAGCCAAACAAAGUACACCCCGGACAAGCCGCUCAAACUUCCUCUGUCUGCGGAUCAGCCCGAGGCUUUCAAGUGCCUACCGGAAUACGCCCUGCAGGACGUUGUCGACAACUUCAAGUUCGUCUUCCGCUACAUCCCGCAGAUCAUCCUGUCGGCCGUCGGUGACGAGAUGAUCGCCCUCUGCAUCACGUUCCUGGAGUCGUCCGAGUAUAUCAAAAACCCGUACCUGAAGUCGUCGCUGGUCACACUGCUAUCGCACGGGACGUGGCCGACCUACCACAUGAAGAAGGGGGUCCUAGGCGAUGCGAUGACCAGCACCAAGUUCGCAAACGACUACCUGCUGCAUGCGGUUAUGAAAUUCUACAUAGAGUGCGAGUCAACCGGUGCUCACACGGCGUUCUACGACAAGUUCAACAUCCGGUUCGAGAUCUUCCAGGUCAUCAAGUGCAUCUGGGCCAACGAUGUGUACCGGCAACAGCUGGUCCAAUCUAGCAGAUCGAACCGCACCUUCUUCGUCCGCUUCGUCAACCUCUUGAUGAACGACGCGACGUACGUCCUAGACGAAGGCCUCAGCAAGUUCCCCAAAAUCCACGACUUGCAAGCUCGCCUGCGAGACCCCACCCUCUCGCAAGAAGAUCGCGAGAAGACAGAGGAGGAACUUCGCACGGCCGAGGGCCAAGCAACGUCGUACAUGCAGCUCGCCAACGAGACGGUCAGCAUGAUGAAGCUCUUCACCAACUCUCUCGUCGAUUCCUUCACCAUGCCCGAGGUUGUGCAGCGUCUGGCAGGCAUGCUGGACUACAACCUCGAGAUCCUGACGGGUCCCAAAUCCAAGACCCUGAAGGUCGAGAACGCCGAAAAAUACUACUUCAACCCCAAAACCCUCCUCCCGGAGCUCGUCGACAUCUACCUCAACCUCGCCGGGUCCUCCUCCUUCAUCGACGCCGUCGCCGCCGACGGGCGCUCCUACUCGCCCGCCACCAUGACCAUGACGGCCUUCAUCCUGCGCAACAAGCACCUCAAGGACGAGAAGGACGUCCUGGCAUGGGAGGUGCUGGCCGCGCAGAUCGAGUCCGCGAAGGAGGCGCUGGACCGCGCCGACCUCGACUACGACGACGCCCCGCCCGAGUUCGAGGACCCCAUCAUGGGCAUUCUCAUGAGCGACCCUGUGGUGCUGCCGUCCAAGCAUAUCGUGGAUCGGUCGACUAUCACGCAGCAUUUGCUGAGCGAUCCCAAGGAUCCGUACACGAGGCAGCCGAUGAGCAUUGAGGAUGUCGUGCCGGACACGGAGCUGCAGGGACGGAUUGAGGCGUGGAAGGCGGAGAGGCGGGCGAAGGCCAGGGGGGAGGGCGAGGCGAUGGAUACGACGGAGUGAAGUGGCGGUUUGGGUGCGGAGGUGGGGGAGUGUAUGGAUGGGUGGGGGGACACGAGAAUGGGAAUGAGUUUGACUUUGUUUUUUCUCGAACCGGGCUUGGCUGGACUGUGACAUAGAUUCUUGGGGGUCG